CACCAGGCUACUCUCAAAACCAAAAUGGUGGAUUGGUGAAAUCUGCCGAAAUGAAAGCAUCGCGUUCUGUUUUAAUAUCCAAACAGUAUCGCAUGGCGCGAGUCUUCACAUACGGGUAUUAGUUCACACCCAUCGUCUGUUAUUAACUAAUAUGGCGCCGAUCUCUAAUUUAGCGUGUCUUACUGCGAUGGUGUUAGCGAGCUGGGCGAACUUUGCGACUGGACGGAAGUACGGCCAUGUGCCAGACGAGCAGGUUUUGUUUGAGAACCUGAUGAGGAACUACCAGAAGUCGGUUCGUCCUGUGUCAAACGCCUCUACAGUCGUCCUCAUCAAGUUCUCGCUCCACAUCAAUCAGAUCAUAGAUCUGGAUGAACGCCAGCAGGUGUUAUCUACUGACGUGUACAUCAACCAGAAAUGGAUAGACGAGAAACUGAAGUGGAACCCGUCUCGCUACAACGGCAUUACGUCACUGCGAGUAUCAGCAGAUGACAUCUGGAGACCUGACACGUUCAUGUACAACAACGCUGAUCAACAAACAUCCGGGUUCAUGCACGGAACCUUCGUCCAGGUUCACUCGGACGGUUCGGUUUUUUGGCCAGUUCCGGUCAAACUGAAGAGCGCGUGCAAGGUGAACAUCAACUACUUCCCGUUCGACGAACAGGUGUGCCUGCUGCAGUUCGGCUCGUGGGUCUACAACGGCCAGUGGCUCGACUACACGCCCAUGUUCAACGACACGCCCGUCGAGCUCACCAACUACGUCAACAACAGCGAGUGGGAGCUGUACUCCGCCACGCUCGAGCAGUCCGGCGUGACGGCUACGAUGACGUCAUCACCGUCACAGUCAUCGUCGUCACAGUCGCCGCGGCGCUGUCUGUCGGACCACCCGAAGCUUACGUACAAGCUGCUGCUGCACCGAAAGACGUUCUACUACCUCUUCAACGUGAUCGUGCCGUGCAUCAUGCUGUCGGUGCUGACGUUGCUGACGUUCUGGCUGCCGCCGACGUCGGGCGAGAAGGUGACGUUGGGGCUGUCCGUGUUCCUCGCCUUUUCAAUGUUCAUGCUGCUCAUCGCCGAGGAGGUCCCCGCCACGUCGGACACGGUGCCGCUGAUAGGUAUUUACCUGUGUGUCGUCAUGACGAUGACGUCAGCGUCUGUGAUGGUGGCUGUGAUCGUGAUCAACAUCUACAACCGCGGCAUGAAGAUGCGUCGCGCGCCGGCCUGGUUCAGACGACUCACCCUGGUGUGGAUGUCUAAAGUGCUGCAUCUGGAACACAACAUAGAGCUGGUCGCACAGAGCGUGGUCCUCGACGACUUUUACUUCGACGUCGUCCAGCGGCCCUCGCACGCCACCCAGAUCGAGCGAUCUUACUCCAAGUACGACAUCAACUGCCAGAACAGCCCCAUCUUCAUGCGUCACAAUAACAACUCGGAGCGUUGCCACGGGCAACCGUCGACCGUCAAGAACCGACGCUACAGCCAGAAGGACGUCGCCGCAAACCGGGACCAGAUCGAAACCACGUGGCUCAGACAGGAAGAACACGAAGCCUUGAUUCAAAACAUCCAAUCAAAAAACGCAGAAGCAGCAGCAGCAGCAGCACCUCAACGGACCGGAAACGGAAACGAAAUCGAGGCCAACCAGCAGGUUUUGAAUGUCCAGCGACUGCAGGGGGACCGUCAGACUAUGAAUGAGCAAGGCCAUCACGAUGACAUCAGAUGUUGUGACGUGAGAUGCAGCAGCCCGGAGCGCGCGUCGACUCCCAGCUGCGUGACGUCACUGCACAAGAAGCGGGUGGUGAUCGCCGAGUGGCAGCGCAUCGCGGCCGUCAUCGACCGCGCCAUGUUCUGGUUCUACUUCGUGGCGACCUUCGUCUCGUACUUUGUCAUCCUCAUCAUCAUCCCCGCACAGCACUACAACUCCAAGAAACACGCCGUCGUCGUCGAGCCAGCGUUACAAACCAUGUGACAAACCACGUGACUAACAAUGUGACAAACCACGUGACAAAAACACGUGACUAACAACGCGACAAACCACGUGACUAACUGUGACAAACCACGUUACAAACCACGUGACUAACCAUGUGACAAAAACCACGUGACUAACCACGUGACAAACGGAACACACCAAUGAGGCGCGGAAUUACGGGGCGGGAACUUUAAUAAUAAUUUAUAUAAAGAAAACAAAAAUGUAAUUGCUAACCACUAACAACUAAAUCACUGUCUUUAACAGACAGCCCAGAUAGCUGAGGUUUGUGCGUGGGACAGCAUGUUUGAACCUUAAUUGGAUAUAAGAAUGAACAUAGGUUGAAAUAAAUUAAUGUAAUUGCCAAAAUUUGUUAUCAUAUUGUAUUACUUCGACAAAGUAUAUAAAUUAUGUAUAAUAAUUUUAUUUCUUGUAAAUACAAAUGUUUUUCAAUAUUUCUGAUAGCUUUUUAACAGCCCCGAUAUCUCUCGGAACUUAGGUCAGGUCAGUUCAAAAAUAUAUGUGCACAUAUGACAACAAGCUAUGUAUCGCACGCCUGUCAUGGGCGCAGGUGCUGGCCUUGGCCGGCUCCUCCGUCCAGGACAGGCUCGGAACUUGUGGCGUGUGUACUUGUAUACUAGUAUAUUGCUGUAUUAUAUAUUAUAUUAUUAUUAUUAUUAUUAUUAUUAUUAUUGUUGUUGUUUGACAGUUUUUAAUCUGUACACAAGGUGACACUCAAGUAACGAAUAUAGAUUAGGUGUUAAAACGGUGUCAGUGGGUUUCUUUCGGGGGGUGGGGGGGGGGGGGGGGGGUGUAAAAAAAAAAAAAAUAUUUCGGUGUUAUUUUAUUGGCUCGUUGCCUAAAAUGGGUGGAGCAAUGAAUAUGAUAGCUUACACACAGACUACAGGUCAUAGCAAACAGGUCAAGAUACAAGUCAGUAAUUGAUUGAAAUAGGCGGACAAUGAUCGGUUGCCGUCUGAAUCACUAGCAAUUACGAAUGUGUACGUGUUUCGAAUGAUAAUAAACUGAGUGAUGUUACCGAAUUGGACUUCUAGUUUGUGCUGUGAUGCAGAUCAAGGUUAUAAUGGACAUAUUCAUGAUAAUAUUGCUAAUAUUGUUUAUAUGCUUUGUUAAACAUUUUGCUCCAUAAUGUGAUGUUUGCUCUUCCACAAUUGUGAUUGUGAAUAUGGUAAUGGUACUUGCUUCGGUCGUUGAAAUACCUGUGGUUUUUUGCCUUUGUGUUUUAGAUCACAGCAAUAUUCGUUGUUAUCUUUGGUGCAUUAAAUCAUUAUAAUAGCU